AUGUCGGCCAGCGCAUCGGACUCGUCGGAGUCGGAGUCCGAGGCCUCGGAGAAGCCGCGACGUCGUGGUAAGAAACAGAAGGGGACCCCAGUCUGGAAGUGCCCGCGGCGCUUUCCGCAGCUCCAUCCCCGGCUCGAGGGGCAUCUCUACGGUCAGUCCAGCCGCAUGGGGCCCUCGAGGUACGACCAUGCGGAGAUCGUCGUCGGAACCCGCAGCUGGUAUGAGGCCAAUGGCUACAGCUUCAAGCGCCAUGCCUUGGAUGCUGGCCGCAGCCAGUGGAUUCCCCACGCCAAGGGUGCCAUCCAUAGAGACCCUGCAAGGUUCGUGCCACGCUGGCCCGAGUGCAAGCAGAAGGGCUCCGGCCGAGAGCAAACCCCGGGCUUUGCAACCAAGGCUGCCCUGGUCCUCCAAAAGACGCACAGCAGCUGGGACGCUUUCCGCGAUCCCCGAGGCCCGGCACCCAAGGAAAGCCUCCUGAGCCUCCGAGGCAGCCAGAGUCUCCCAGAGAUCGUGGCAGGAGAGGUUCCCUAUCCGCCGUCCCCAUGCUUCAUCCGGGACUUCAUGCGCCGCGCGAGCUGA